AUGCAGGUGGGUGCUGUUCAAAAACCCCGUCUGCUACCUCUUGUGGACUUUGCGGAUUUUCUUCUAGCUGUAACCGACGACCUAUUACCAUUUGCUAACUCUGCACGACUGCGCAGCCAAUUUUCGAUAGCCAUCCUGACAUCUGAUGGUAUUAUCUAUCUGGAAGGAUUUUUGUACAACGACUUUUUUGAAACGCGUGAUUUUAAACCUCUCAGGUUUCCAUCGCGGUUUCGUCCGACUUCAAAACAUCUGUAUGAGCCAGCCACAGCCAUCUCACGAAUUUCUUGUGGGCGCAACCAUAUACUAGGCCUCUCGGAUGAUGGCCGUAUAUGGUCUUGGCACGCUGAGAGUGCUCCCUGCUGUCAGAUGCGAUUCUCCAAUGUUGAUAUUAGUUUGGGGUCACAAGAUCGGUCGAGAUCAGGAACUGUCACUAAAGUUGUUGCCGGUUGGGCGUAUAGCUCAGCGUACAUCACUGGAACAGGAAUAUUGUACUGGAAAGCAAGAGAAAGUGUCUCAAACAUGGCCCCUGAUGAUGAUGGUGUGGUGACUAUUUCGGCUUCUAUUAUUCCCCGAACUGAAUUUCGUCGGCUUCAUUCACUUCCAGAAGCAGAACAUCCAAUGGGUGAAGUCAGGAAUUAUGUUGUCUUGGACAAGUACAUUGUUUUCAUCACAGACGCUAACAAGGCAUUUGCAACACAACUGAAGACCGGGGACACUACCGAGCUUCCGAAAUUUUCUGCCCCUGGAAGAAUCUUGGUGGAUAUUCAGGGUAGUUAUAAAAAUUUUGCCAUCUUUACUGCAGGUGGAGAGGUUUUGCUGGGAAAUAUUCUCGAGAUCCGACGAAUCUCUCCCACAUCGUCUAACUCCAAGAAUCAUGGGCUAGAGAUAGAGCCAGCCGCACCACCCAGCCUACAACACAGUGACGUAAUAUCUAUCGCGUUCGGUGACUGCCACUUUCACGCUCUUCAUGCCAAUGGCAAAAUUUCUGCCCACGGGAUAGAGCUACAGCCAUAUGGAUCUCUGGGACUAGGUAGUAGUCCGUACGGGGUUCCCUUUCGAGGUCUCAAACACAGGGCCUCCAAGCCGUCCGGCGACCUUGUAAAAUAUCCCUUCGCUGAGAACUCUAGGUCCCCACAAUUCGUCUGGUUUGAACCAGAGAAGAAAUUGUGGUUAAGUUACCUGAAGCAAGAAUGCCAGGGAAAUGAAGAAAGAUCAUCCAUCUGGGGAAAAGCGUUAACCCUCAACAGGCGGGGGAUACUGGAAGAAUAUUGCAAAUGUAUCGAGCGGCAGGGUGAAGCCUGGGGCGAUUUUCCUGACAUCAAGGCGCUAGACUCGGAUGAUGCACUCGGUGCUUAUUUCGCCGUCUCCAUCGCUGCUGGUGGCAGGCAAAGUGCAGCCCUCGUCCUUGUGAACGAUGAUUUGGCGAAGAAGAUUAAAGAUAAACACGUUUUGGAAUAUAAUAGUGGCAUCGAGCCUGUCUUCGACCCGCGUCCCGAACGACUCCCAGACGACAAACAGCCAAUCAAAUAUCGCUUUGAGCUUGGGAAUUUCCCAACCCCACAUCUAACUGAUAGAGGGGAUAUUGACACCGAUAGGUACGAUUUUAGUACCUGGAAGUACGGCUUUCCCGUGGACAACUCCCAGGUACCAAACUGA